AUGGACAAACAAGCCAAAAUGAAUACGAACCAAGUGACCGAUGAUGUGAUUCGUGAAGAAGUCAUACGUUUAGGCGAAGACAACCGAGAACUGCGACGUGAGAGAGACCGUAUGACUGUGCAAAGAGAUUUGGCAGAGAAGCGAGUCGAGGAAUUGACUUUGAAGCUGGACGGAGCUUGCCGAGAACGAGACCAGUCAAUCCUCACGGUGAUGAAUACAGCGAGACAAUCGAUGCCGGUUCCGGGAAGAAACAACAACAGUCGUGUUCCCCGACGAGAAAGCUCUCACUUGCCGUACAACAGUCCGGAGCGGUUCAAUAAUCCAAAGUUUCCCGACGCACCUGUAUUCUCAGGAGAUCGCGGCGCAUUUGAUAGCUGGAGAGACAAGGUGCAGGAUAAGCUGAUGAACAGCGCCGCUCAAUACCCGAAUGAAGAGCAACGGAUUGCCUACAUCCGCAGCCGCACUGACGGUAUCGCGUAUCAACAAAUCAGAGCUCACGUAUACGUCCUGGAGGACAUUUAG